AUGUCUCUGCACAUCUAUAUCGCUCACACCGGUGAGCAUUUACUAGCCGACUCGGUGUCGUUCUCUACUACAGAGGCACUGCGGUCAUGGAUUACGCAAAGAACGUCUAUUCCGUCACAAAGACAGAUUUUGAUGACGGCUCGUGGGAAGAAUGUCAAGAUUCAGACCCUUGCCACAGAAAACGAGAUAUUCUUAUACGAUCGACGAUACGUUAGCGAACAAGACAACGCAGAUCUGCCCAAGCUCCCUUCUCCCCAACCUCUCGUGCUCGACAAGCCUCCGGAUACGCUUUCGGAUCGGAACGACCUACAAGCAUGGCGGAACCUAUACGCGGCUCGGAAGACAUGGGCCGCCGAGCUAACGGAGCGGUGCGAGAUGGCGGAUACGAGUAUCCGCGAGCUGAAUGAGCGCACCGGAAUCGUCAAUCGGGCUGCAAGCGUCGCUCUCGAGAACCUUAAGACGCACGUGGCUGCCUUGGAGAACCGAUUUCAAGAAGCCCAGGCUUGGGCGAAAGAACUGUCCAGGGAACAGAAAUCGGCGCUUGAAGAAUGGAAACGUGCCCUUGCUAACCUCGAAAACAUUCCUGCGCGCAAGGAGUUCUCUUUUCUUGGCCGCCCGUCGACACCCAAGAAGGAUGCUGACAGGGCGACGGGGACAUUACUCGACUAUGUGGACGCAGUGGAGGUACAGAAGGCUGGGCCGGAAGCUUCUGCAGCGUCCUCGCGCUUUGCCCAGCAGAUUCAGGACAUUGAAAGAGCAGUCGGGGAGAUCACUGCCGGCACCCAGAGACUGCUCGAUGAUGUUCCCAAUUCGAGGACGGACACCGCUGACGGUCUAUUACAAGAGAUUGAACCUUUAUCCAGGAAGAUCCAAUCCGAUUACGAGCAUGUCCUCGGGUUAUCCAACAACUCCAAAACACUGGCCAACAUAUCUAGACUUGCUCUCAACCAUACCCAGGAUAUAUUGCCAUCGAUGCUGGAAAUUGCCAUGGAAAUCAGAGAAAGCCUGGCGGCAGCUGUUAGGCAGUAUGACGCUGCAACAAAAUCCGCGCUUGGCCGCACGAAACUUAUAUCCGCUAUACAAUCGCGCCUAGCUGACGUACAAGCACAUAUCGCCAACCUUACUUUCCAGAGCGACGCCUUCGAUCUGCUGUACUCCGUCUUCCACAUGCCCUUGGUAUAUGGAUCUGUUUUGAUUGAGUCCGUAAGGCGGCACGAGUUUAAUGAGAAGAUGAAGAGUGAUUCGUUGACCCUGGCAGAGGAACUGUCAAUCUUUCAAGACGAGGAACAGCGUCGAAGAAAGAAGUGGGUAAAGAAUAUGGAAGAUUUCCUUUCUGUUACAGACACCACCACUCCGGGAAUCGAGGUCAACCUACGAGGACAUGAGUUUGAUUGGCCAAUCGUGACCAGAAAGGACAUUGAAACAUACAUUGAAGACCUGAGAUCGAAUCCUGGUACAGCCAACGCUGCGCAGGAGUUGGCCCAAGCUUUUAAAGAGCUCGAUGCUCCUACGCGCGUGCAACGGCGCAGAGCAAAAGCAUUUAAACAAGGCAGUAUUUUUGAUCUAAGCCGCAGCUCGCUCUUACUCCAUAGCGACGAAAUAGUUCGAAGCUUGAGAGAUGAGAAGCUCAAGCUAGAGGAGAAAUUACGAGGCUCAGAAAGCAGGAUUCGCAAGUUAGAGGACCUUCUUCAUCGGCACAGCCAUUUAGGCCGACCUUCAAGUGGCAAUUUCUCUAUUGACUUCCCUGCAUCUCCAGCAUCUCCGCAUCCGGAUCCCAUGUCGAGAAGAUCUUCGGUAUCAUCACGGCGAUUGUCUUCGAAUCAGACAUCGGAGGAAAAGAAUCUGGUGAAUCGGAUCGUUCAUCUCGAAGCUGAUCUCGCUAUUGAACGGGAAACUGUGCAACGGCUGCAGAGAGAAGCAGAUGCCGAACGGCAAUCCAAUACCAACAAGAUGCAAGAAGCUCAAUCUACGAAGAACGACCUUAUUGGGAACCUCGAAGCCCGACAACGAGAAUUUAGUGAUGAGCGGCGGUACUUAGAAGGCGAGGUUAAGCGAUUCAAGAUUCGCGUUGAGGAGCUCGAAGAGGAGUUGGAUCGGCUUACUGACAGCCGCGAUCACGAGAAGCAGGAUGCAGAUGAGCGUAUGCACCAGCUGGAGCUGGAAUUACAGGACGCACAUGCGCGUGCAGAUGCAGAAAUGCGAAAAGCGAACAACUUACUAGAACAGAUGCAGUCUCAUAGGGAGGCGGCAGAUCGCUCCAAACUUCGAAUGGAUGAACUUGAGAAACAAGCCACAGAACGAACCCAGAAGGACCAGGAAGUGCGCCAUGCCCUGCAGGCUGCUUUCAUGAACCUUUCUCCUGGCGGGUCCGUACCCGACGAAAUCGUGGACAUCAUCAAGGCAAUCGAUGUCCUUUCUGAAGGCUUGACCAUACACGCUAAAACUGCCGAAGAUAACGCUAUGAAAGCCGCGGCAGAGAACAAAACCCUUAUAGAGCAGCUUGAGAAGAUGGAGUCGAAUUAUGAGAAUGCAAAGAGUGCUUCAGAGCAGUAUCAGACUCAACUGACUCAAGCUCGCGAAGAGGUUGAACAAGAACAGUCGAAGGUAAAAGCUAUUGAAUCUGAGCUGAACGAUGAACGAGCUAGUUUACUAGAGCUGGAGUCUAAACUCGCUGCAGGCGAGACAGGCGCAGGCGCCCUACGAGAACAUGUUGCAGAGGAAGAACAGAAGCUAAAUAACAUGUCCCAGCAACUCGCCGAAACCGAGGCUCGGGCUCGACGAUCAGAAGAAGAAGCCUUGCAGUGGAGAAAGCGGGCUGAGGCUUUGUCUGAGUCUGAUAAACAGGUUGCAGCCAGGAUUGAUAUUCGCACGGCAAGACUUGAGGAACUCUCGAGACAGCUGUUUGGACAAGUGGAAAAGCUGGAGCGCAUGUUGGAGCAGCUAGGCUUUACUGUCAUUCGCCAAGAUGGAGAGAUAGUAGUUCAACGAUCCUCCAAAGUCAAUGCCCUCUCUGCUACUGCAGACACUUUGAGUCAAUCUGGUGUGGUUUCUGUGAAGCCGGAUCCCAGCCUUCUUAAUUGGAUGCAAGGCGAACACCCUGAAGAAGAGACGGAGAGAUUCAACGCCUUCCUGGAGUCAUUGCACCAGUUUAGCGUGGACAUCUUCGGCGACGCGGUAGUGAAGCGCGUAAAAGACAUCGAGGUUCUCGCUCGAAAAUGGCAGAAGGAAGCCCGAGGCUACCGAGACAAAUACCACCGUAUGCAAAGCGAAGCGCACGACAAGAUCGCUUACAGGUCAUUCAAAGAAGGCGAUCUCGCGCUCUUCCUGCCAACCCGGAACCAAGCCAUCCGCUCAUGGGCCGCUUUCAAUGUCGGUGCACCGCACUACUUCCUUCGCGAACAGGACGUCCACAAACUCCAAGCCAGAGACUGGCUCCUUGCACGAAUCACCAAGAUCGAAGAGAGAGUUGUCGAUCUGUCUAAGUCCAUGAACGGUGGCAACCCAGACCGUCGCUCGAUCGGCGAAGCAAGCGAUGGCGCCUCAAUCGAUGAUGAAAACCCCUUCGAACUUUCUGAUGGACUCCGAUGGUACCUCCUAGACGCCACGGAGGAGAAACCUGGCGCGCCAGCAACCCCGGGUUUAGGGAAGAGCACCGUUGCCCCUGCGCACGUCGACGCCAAAGGCAGUAUCCGUCUCAAACGUACACCUGCCGGAGGCAAUGUCACAAAGACACUCACCAGGAGCCUCGACAGCCGUCGGAACAGCUCCGCCUCCGCCUCUAUCAAAAGAGGAACACCGCCAUCCCGAGCAAACGACUCAACAACAGACCUCGUCCGUCCAGCACAAGCUGAAAGCGAAAGCAUCGCUGCUGCUACAGACUCCAAGUCCCAGUCCCAGUCCCAAUCACAAGAGCGGGAACGAAGGCAGGAGGCACAAGGGACAGCUGUCAUCUUCGAUGAGGUUCGCCGCGACCAACUUCAGGGCCCUUGA